UGACGAUGAUGAUAGUGAUGAUGAUGAACAAAUUCUAUUUCUCCCUUAGAUCAUGCCCCGUGCUCCUAAAUGGAAACAGGACGACGUAGAUGCGGCGUUACGAAGAGUACGGUACGGUGAGCUUUCGAUAAGAAAGGCUUCACAGGAAUAUAGAAUUCCCUACGAAACCCUGCGUGACAAAGUAUCAGGGAGAGCUCCGACAUCGGUUUCAAGAUUCGGUCCACGACCAUUCCUCACAGAGAAAGAGGAGGAGGAGAUAGUACGAUGGACGAUCAAGAUGGGGAGAAUCGGUUUCGGACAAACCAGGGGAGACAUUCAGUCUGUCGUGAAGAAAAUGCUUCACAAAGAUGGCAGGGCAAACCCGUUUGUAGAAAACAAACCUGGGAAGCGUUGGUGGAGCAGUUUUCGUGCAAGGCACCCUCAAUUGGUUUUCCGGAAGCCACAACCAAUUGGAAAGGAGCGUACAGCAGUUACGAAGAAUCGAAUAGACAAAUGGUUCAAAGAAUUAGAAGAGUUCUUGGAAGAAAACAAUGCAAGAAGCAUUCUUGAUGAACCAAAUCGACUCUUUAAUGCCGACGAAUCAGGAUUCCCGCUUGGUGGGAGAGCAUCGGAUCGGGUCUUGGCAUUAAAAGGCGAGAGAGUCAUCCAACAAUUUAAGAAUGCUGAAAAGGGACAGGUAACUGUGCUUGUCACUGCAUGCGCGAGUGGUAGCUUUUUGCCACCAAUGAUUGUUUUACCGGGGCGACACGGUGACGGAUCUGCAUACCAAGGAGCGCCAAGGGGUGCUUUCUUUGCUAGGACCAAAAACGGCUGGAUGGAUAGCAAAGCCUUUUAUGGUUUCAUUGCCAAUCUUUUCCAGCCGUAUUUGGUCCAGAUGAAAGUACCCCUUCCAGUGCUCCUGCUCGUCGAUGGCCUUUCAGCACAUCAAACGCUGGAGGUAGCGAAGCAUUGUGAGGCGAAUCGGAUUCUUUUGUACCGAUUCCCUCCCAAUGCUACGCACAUCCUCCAGCCGUGCGAUGUGUCUGUGUUCAGAUCAUUAAAGGCAUCGUGGAAUCGAGCGGAGGAGCUGUUCCGUUACCAAAACCCCGGUGACUAUGUUACAAGAGUGACGUUUUCGCGCGUGUUCGCCGGCGCGUGGAAGGACCUCCUGGGGAAGCCAGAAAUUGCCUCUUCUGGUUUUCGGGCAGCAGGGAUCUACCCGUUCACGAAAUUGUUUCGUGAAGACCUAAUACGUCCAGCAGACUUGUAUAGUUUUGUAGAUAAGAUUCCUCACGAAGGAGAGACACCAUCGUCUAGGAAUAGUGCGUUUAUUCCGUUGGACGAUGACAUGAGGUCAUCUCAACCCGAUGAACCUGAUGAUGAUGCACCAUCUUCGUCAUCAGCUCAUCGGGAACAUGGAGUCAGCUGCACCGUGGAUACUUCGAGUAUCCAUGGUGAUGCUCCAUGUGGAGAGAGGCCUCUAAACGAGGCAUUCAUCUCGCCAUCGCUAGAUGAAUGCCUCGUUUAUCCCGAGAUUGAAGUCUCAAAUCAAAGAAGAAGAAAAAGGCAACUGCCUGAGGCAAUAAGUGGAGAGGCAUUUAUAAGAUUUGCCGAAGAACAAGCGAGAGAGAAAAGAGCGGAGGAAGAGAGGAAAAAACAGAGAAGAGAGGAACGGGAACAGAAGAGAGUGGAAAAAGAGAGAAAGAAGGAAGUUGAAAAGGAGAAGAGGCAAAAAAGACAGCAAGAACUUGAGCAGAGGAAACUAGAACGGGAGAGGAGAGUAAAAGAGAAGUUACAGCGGAUGAAAGAAGUGAGUGAGAGGAAAGCGAAAGAGAAGAAAGAAAGAGAGGCAGAGAUUGAGAGAAAGAAGGGCGGUAAGAGGAGAGAGAAGAGUGCGAGGGUGGAUGAUGAUGACGAUGAUGUGUAUGUAUGCCCUGAAUGUUUGAUGAUGAAUGAUGACGAGUGGAUCGGAUGUGAUUACUGUAUGGCGUGGGUACAUCACAAGUGCUCUGCUCUUUGUGAUGUACCAAUUGUAGAUGUAAAUAAGUAUAUGUUUAAGUGCAAUUUCUGUUAAAUUUGAUAAGUUUAAGUUAUGUCAAAAAGUGCAAUUUCUCUUACAUGAGCAAGUGUGAUGGUGACUAAACUCUGAAUAUAUAAUGUAAACUCCGCAAUCUAAUGUAGUGUAAAAUGUAAACUAUUCUGUAGCUCUAUCUCUAAACCAUUCUCUAAUCUAGUCUCCUAUCUCUAUAUCUGCAAUGUAUUCUGGUCAAGACUCUUUACAAAACUCUUGUCAACCUUGAACUAUCUUGAGCAAAAAAUAAUUAUUCUUAAUUGGAAGAAGUUGACCUUUUAGGGAGAAGAUGACAUAAAAUUAUAGUGAAUAAGAAACGAAUUUAUGUGUAUGCGUCAGAAGUUUUGCUGGAAGAUGAAUGAGUAAUACUUUCUUAAGAAAGUUGGAGUUGAUAUACAUAUAGUUUCAUGUUAUUCUUCUUGUAGAAGAUUUGAUUAAGUAUUGAUUAUGUGUUAUUAAAUAUGUAUUGGUUUGUUAUUGAAUAUAUUGAAUAUGUGAGAUAUAAUCACAUAACAAUAUUCAUCCGUCAUGCAUUGUUUCUGCUAGAACGCGUAGAUUCCUGCUGCUCGGUUGGCAUAGCGCAGUCACCUGUCCCUUUUCUCUUUUUGGCUUUUUGUUUUCCGAAAUGUAUUUAAGGGGAGUAUAUGAUUUAAUAUGUUGGUCUUCUACAUCUAUGUCAAUAUUUGUAAACAUUUACAUUUUAUGUAAUUGUUAAAUGUGAUUAUUCUUUUAAAAAAAGGCUUCUACCGUGAUGUACAUAUUAUUUUGCUUGUCGUUUGAAUUCUUUGAUGUUUAUGACGUUUGUUGAUAGAGAGUGACAUGAAAGUAAACUUUUGGGAGCAUGAGGAGGAAAACACAUAAAUAGGCCUAUAUAAUGAAGAUUUUAUGACAUUU